GCAGCUGCCGCCGCCUCAGCCCGAUAACCCCGAGUUCGCCCAGACCCGGGGCAGCGGCCGAAGCCCGGCCGCCAUCUUGCCCCGGGUGUUGUGCUCCGAACUCCGCCUAGAAGCAACGAUCCAGUUCCGGGAAACAACAGUUCCGCAGUUUCUUUCCCCGGGAAAGAAAACGUCUCUUUAUCAUGUCCUCUUCUUUGGCAGCCGAGAAGAAGAAACAUCCAGAAGUAGGAUAAACGCCUGACUCAGCCAUGGGGAGGUGGGACCCACCCGAGAGAGAGAGAGAGAUUGCAAGGAAAAGAGUGCCCACUUGGGGCUGCAGGGGACACUUUAAGAUGGGUCCCACUGCGGGGCGGAAGUGGGGUGUGGACAACGGAAGUGCCCGCCCCGGCCCCGCCUCCGCCCCCUGCUUUGAGUAAGCUGGGUGUUUCCUGCCUCUCAGUCCGGAUUUGGAGACUCCGGCGUCCUCCGACUUUUCAUGGAAGAGAUGUCAGGAGAAAGCGUGGUGAGCUCAGCGGUGCCAGCGGCUGCUACCCGCACCACUUCCUUCAAGGGCGCCAGUCCUAGCUCCAAGUACGUGAAGCUGAAUGUCGGGGGAGCCCUCUACUACACCACCAUGCAGACGCUCACCAAGCAGGACACCAUGCUGAAGGCCAUGUUCAGUGGGCGCAUGGAAGUUCUCACCGACAGUGAAGGCUGGAUCCUCAUUGACCGCUGCGGGAAGCACUUCGGGACAAUACUCAACUAUCUGCGAGACGGGGCCGUGCCCCUGCCUGAGAGCCGCCGGGAGAUGGAGGAGCUGCUAGCGGAGGCCAAAUACUACCUGGUGCAGGGCCUGCUGGAAGAGUGCCAGGCCGCCCUACAAAGCAAAGAUGCGUACGAACCCUUCUGCAAGGUUCCUGUCAUCACCUCCUCCAAGGAAGAGCAGAGGCUCAUAGCGACUUCAAAUAAGCCGGCCGUGAAGUUACUCUACAACAGAAGUAACAACAAAUACUCCUACACCAGCAAUUCUGACGACAAUAUGUUGAAGAACAUUGAGCUCUUUGAUAAGCUUUCCCUGCGCUUUAACGGGAGGGUCCUGUUCAUAAAGGACGUCAUCGGGGAUGAAAUCUGCUGCUGGUCCUUUUAUGGCCAGGGCCGAAAAAUUGCGGAAGUCUGCUGCACCUCCAUCGUCUAUGCCACGGAGAAGAAGCAGACCAAGGUUGAGUUCCCCGAAGCCCGCAUUUAUGAGGAGACCCUGAACAUUCUGCUGUAUGAGGCCCAGGACGGCCGAGGACCUGACAAUGCUCUCCUGGAGGCCACGGGCGGGGCUGCUGGACGCUCCCAUCACCUGGACGAGGACGAGGAGCGGGAACGGGAGCGGAUUGAGCGAGUAAGGAGGAUCCACAUCAAACGCCCCGAUGACCGGGCCCACCUCCACCAGUGAGCAGGCGAGCACCAGCUGCCCUUCGCCCUCCCUCUGCCCCUGCCCCCCCCCAGACCCUGUGCAGGCUUCGGGGUACCUCCCACUCCCCCUGGAGUCUGGAGACACUUUUGUAAUAAGCCAGAUGAUUAUUUUGGUAUUUCUCGACAAAAUGGAUUGCUUCUGUGUUGACCCAGGUGUGCACCCCUUCUGAACAAAGCUGUGUCUAAGGGCUCUACUUCUCUCGAGAGCCUGGAGCCUGGCUUUCUGGGCGGAAAAGUGUGAAUGAGUCUGGCAUGUGUGAGAGCCUUUGUUGCAGUAUUUAUUUUUAGGGCUGUUGACUACCUAUCAGGGUUUCUUAAGUGACACUCCUUUAAGGGCUCCUUUGACAAUUCCGAGAGGCUGUGUAGGUGGCAACCGUCAACCAAGAUGUCCGGGAGCAGCCUGGCCCUGCGUGCUCUGACCAGGCUGGGAGCCUGCUCUGUAUGGUUUUGUGACUGGAGUUCUUUGGCCAAUGGUUUCAGCUUGUAGUAGUGGACAGGGGACCCCUGGCAGUGGACUCUGCUGUCAUCUGUGUCCCCCCAUUGCUGGGCUUGUGGACACACCGCAUCCCAGAAGGCCCUCUGAAUACCUGCAGCCAUCGCUCCGGACCACUGCCUUAAGGGUCUGCUCCCCUCGGGGCCCCGGACACGGUGGCCCCAGGUGGGGACGCCGCCAGGAGCCUGCAGGCUGACUCAGGGCACUUCUCCUAUAGUUCCCUUCAGUGCUUAGUUCUCUGCAGACAGAGUGGGCGUGCAGAUAGAUACCUUUGAGUCUUGUCUGUGUUUGAGGAUGUGUGUGACUGCGGUGAGGACGUGUGACUGCGGGGCACAGGUGCCGGUGAGGACGACACACCCGUUACUUCACGUCCUCUCUGUGCCUGUGCAGAGGUGAGUCAUGACUGACACGGUGGGUGUGAGUAGACUAGUUACAAGGUGAGGCGAGUGCUUGAUGAAGGGAUUGUUACUGUUUUUUAGACCAAAGGUGUGAAGUGGAUAAUCUGACAGGUUUUUAAAGUUUCUAUUUUGUGACGGUUUGGACCGCUCACUUUGUGCGUGGCAGUCGUGUACCUUUCUCUUGUAUCUGGCAGCAAAGCCAACAACAAACAGUCCCGGCUGGAUCGAGGAACUGUGUACCGGGUCGCUGCUUUUUCCACAAUGGUGUGGCAGAACUUUAGAGCCAAGAAAGGGAGCUUACAAAUCAUGUUUCAUGAGUUUUUCUACUGUGUGUUUUCAUGUCAGCCCUGCCCUGUGCGUCCCACCUUUUAGGAAGUGAACAUGAACGUCAGUCCCGGUGUUUUCUGUAGGAAGGGAAAAGCCAUUGUAUACACUGUUCAAAUGUCCGUGUGCAGAAUGGUUGGGGGCACGGUUGACUCGCCGUGGCCUCUGCGCCUUACGGUUACUGUUUGGGCAGCUCCCUCUACUUCCUCUUUCCUCCAGCCUUGUGCCUACAGCUUUGCACCUCCGUGCCCAGGGAUAGGACCCGAUAGCGCUGGCAGCUGUGUCUGCCAGGGCCUGGCCCAGCGUCAGUCGGUCCAAAGCUCUGCUCCGCAUUUCCAGUGCAGAGCCAUCCAGUGCAUCAUUGCUCUUGGGUUUGGUGUAAAGAGUGACAUUUUAUUGCACACUAAUGGCUCACAAUUAAAUUGGAAUAGCUUUUUUGUCCAUGGUAACCAGUCCAGUGUUUGCGGCAGCUGGGGCCCACACCCCCAGCAGAUCCUGACCCCGCCGUCUGUUGCCUUCCUGGGGAAGGUGGCUGUGGGACCUUUCUCUGUCAGUCGUGGUCCCGUUUAGAUCGACCUCCCAUACCUGCUGCUCACUGCUGGUACUCAGCCCAUCACUAACCUUCCUGUCCGCACUGUGGAAACAACGCGGGAGCUUUAGACAUGCUCACUGUUGUACAAGCGUCUGUGGACACGUGUAGAAUAAACAUUAAACUGUGCUUCUGUUCA